UCUUCGCUUCAGUUCUUUGUCUGGCUAAACUAACUAUGCAGAAGACAUGCCGCAAGCGCGUGCAUUUGCAAUGUGCAAAUGGUUCGAAACAGAUAUUAUAACGCCAGCCAGGUCUGCGCCUUGUGCGCGUUGGACGACGAGGUCAAUCGAGUCACAUAGCAGGUGGCAGGGGCAAAGACUGCCAAAGCGCCAUGCAUGCACGGGCUACAAGUGGCCUGCAAAGAAUUUCGUAGCGAUGCUGCGCUCUGUAGCACAGCGGCAAUGGCCCAAAAUGGCAGUGCCACGGUAUAAACAACCCCAAAUAACGCGACCGCGCCAUACAUAUUUGCUGGCGUCUCUUUUUCCCGUCCCCCGUCCGUUCCCCCUUCUCUUCACCCGCUAUCCUACCAUGGAGAGGUCUCGCUCUCAGAGCUCCCUGCUCGCCACAGCCAAAGAGCAGCUUGGCUACCUACCGACAGUACCUGACACUGUGGUGCCUGGUGUAUACCUCGCAGAAUUAGAGAAACACCUUCAACUAUAUCCUCAUGAUAGUAAUUUUCUUCUUACACGCCAACCAGGUCAAGGAUUUGGUUACGUGACAUGCCUCGAGGAGGGUUGCCUGCGCGCGAAAAUUGAGUUAAUAAUGCGUGUUGGUUCUCCAGACGGAGGCAAAACAACGGGCAUUGGCUCUCUUGCUGCAUAUAGAACACACAUUAUUCAGAGCAGCGUGCACUGUGCAUCUCGCGAUGCUCGUAUUCGUUCUGGUUGUCCCAAUCCCCUAUCCAUAGCUGUUCCCGCAAGAACCCCGAAUCGGACAUCCCGAAUCCUGACAUCCUUGGACUCUGAAGACGGAUGGAGUUCACCCACCAGGAUUGCAUCUUCACCUGCUGCACCGCUGGGUCAACAUUUGUCUGGGCUAUCGAUGAGGGGCGACUCUAGUGUUCCUCAGAAGCGCGCGUCUGAUCAUCACCUUGCCAAGACCGAGAGCUUCGAGCCUCAAUUUUCAUUACAUGGUGGAUCCUCGUACAAGAGGCAAAAGCUCGAAUUUCCAAAGGCUCCGCUGGCUCUAGCCAAUCGAAGGACACCGGAACCUUUUGGUGACCAGCCGGCCGCUCCUUCCUCUGGCGAUGUCGAAGACACCCGUGCGAGGCUCGCCGACAUUACCAGUCGGAUCUCGCAAGUGACAUCUGCAAUGCAGCGGGCCAGAUGGAAAUCUGCACUGACGAAGGCGGACUAUACUCGGAUUUCGAAGUUGGAAAAGGAGCUCAACGAUCUCCGUGGGCUUCGAAACAAAUACACCGCGGCUAUUCCUUCUGCCAUUACCAGUUCCCCUACUCGGGUCUCAAGUAUCAUAAAGGCGGAACCUGCAGAAUCCAGUUCGAGCUUACAGCCACGGUUCUUCCAAUUUCGUGUCGAUCCCAACUUUGGCGACGUCAAGCCUUUACCUCCUGUAAUUUCGCAACCUAUAGCUUCCGGUUCGAAUGUGAAGAUAGAGACUGUCAAGCCACCUGCGAUAUUUUCCAACCCCGCCGCCGCAGACCCGCACUUCUCGGAUGAUGAGCGUUUCGAUGAGAACGGAAACUUCUUUGGCCGGGGCAAGGACCUCUACGAAGGACCUAUUGCGAAGGCCGACGACAUUGACAAGUUCCUCGUGGCGGCAGGCAACUCAGAACAAUUCGAUGGCAACGCUAGUGUUGAGAAGGCUCUUGAGAGGCUGAACCUGCAGAAUCUCUAUCAUCCACUUCCAGGUAUGGAGGUCGCGCUGAUGCCACAUCAGGCUAUCGGCGUUGCUUGGAUGCUCGACAAAGAAAACAGCACGAUGAAAGGAGGUGCUCUCGCCGAUGAAAUGGGUCUCGGGAAGACGGUCCAAAUGAUUGCCGUCAUUGCAACCAACCGCUCGAACGACCCGCUUCGCAAGGCGACCCUGAUCAUUGCACCUGUCGCAUUGCUGGAUCAGUGGCAACAAGAGAUUGACAUGAAGACUAACCUCAAUUUGAGUUGUCUAAUCUACCACGGUAGUAAUAAGCCAAAACGUAGCGAGGAUAUCAACAAGUAUGAUAUUGUCCUCACCACGUUCCAUACUCUAGCCUAUGAGUGGCCUGAUUUCGAGGCCGAGGAAAAAGAGAAGGCCAAGAGGAAGAGGAAAAACAAGAAUGACGACGACGAUGAUUACGUGAAGCCGAAGAAAAGAGGAGCAAAGAAAGAGCUCGGCUUAUUGUUCACGAUUGAGUGGCAUCGAAUCUGCAUCGAUGAAGCACAGAACAUCCGUAACAAGCGCACUCGUAUCUCUCGUGCGGUCUCUGAGCUUGAAGCCAAGUAUCGUUGGUGCCUUACAGGAACCCCAAUCAUCAAUACCUUGUCUGAUGCUUAUGGUCUCUUUCGCUUUCUCAAAAUUCGUCCUUGGUACGACUGGAACCACUUCAAUGCAAAGAUUGCCCGAAAUGAGAAGAAGCAACCGGAUCUCGCGAGCAGUCGUCUUCAGAGCAUCUUCCAGAUGACGUUGUUACGAAGGAAAAAGGAUACCAUGUUGGAUGGCAAGCGAUUGAUCGAGCUGCCUGCAAGGAAUGUGGUCCUUCGCAAGCUCCAGUUCAGUCAGGAGGAACGCGAUAUAUAUGCUAUGGUGGAGGCUAAGUCUCAAGCAAAGUUCAACCGUUUCCUCAGGGCCGGUACUGUGUUAAAGAAUUAUCAUCAAGUCCUUGUCUUGCUCUUACGUUUACGCCAGAUUUGCUCACAUCCAACUUUAAUACAAGAAGAUGGAGAUGGGUUCGUCCGCCCUGAAGAAGCUGAGGAUGGGGGAGACACGAGUGCUGAACUCGCUCGUGCUGCUCGUCUAGUCUCCAUGGAAUUUGUGAACCGUAUGAAAUCAAAGUUCAAGGAGAUUGUUCUCGAGCGUAUGGCGGCUGAGAAAGAAUCUACCGAUGCCUCUCUUGAAGGAGAGGAGUGCCCCAUCUGCUAUGAUACUUUCACCGAUGCUGUUGUUACUUGCUGCACUCAUGUUUUCUGUCGCGAAUGCAUUAUGAAUGUUCUCCAUACCCCUGCACGGGAAGAUGCCAACGAGAUUAAUCCAUACAAAGCCAAUGAACGUCCUUGCCCGUCUUGCAGAGGUGCUAUAUCCGAAGAAAAGCUCUUCACCCGCCAAGCUUUCGAGCCCACCGAUGACGAACUUUCCCCUGCGACGAAUGCUAAGGUCGAAGAUGUCGAGAUGAUUGACCUCACAGACGACGUCAAGGGUAAGGGCAAAGCGCCUGCUGGUCGGACUCUUCGAAAGAGAAGGGCUAAACCCAUUCGUAUCCUUGAUUCCGAUGAAGAAAUGGAAGAUGACGAAGAUGACGACUUGAGCGACUUCAUCGUUGAAGACGAUGAGGAUGAGGAGGAAGCCGACGCUCGUAUUGCUGCAAGGCGUGUUCAUCGAAGCUUGAAAGGCAAACAGCGUGCCAUCGUCAUUUCGGACGAUGAGGACGAGGACAUCAUCUUCGGUGCCAAGCCCAGUGUUCCCAUCCCACCAGAGAAGGUGAAGAUGAUGCCCCGCUUCUUGCCAUCGACCAAAAUGAAGCACAUGAUGGAUUCCCUGAUGAGUUGGGCUAAGGAACAUCCUGACGAGAAGACUCUUGUCAUUUCUCAGUGGACCCAGUGUCUGAGCCUUGUUUCCAACUAUCUCGCCGAGCAUGGCUUUGCACAUGUCAAGUAUCAAGGUGACAUGACUCGUCAUCAACGUGAUGCAUCUGUUCGUACCUUCAUGUCAAAAGACAAGGCCAAGAUUAUGCUCAUGAGUUUGAAAUGCGGCGGUGUUGGUCUGAACUUGACGAGAGCCAAUCGCGUAAUAUCUCUUGACCUCGGUUGGAGUGAGGCUAUCGAGAAUCAAGCCUUUGACCGAGUUCAUCGUCUGGGUCAGAUGCGUGAUGUGACUGUCGAACGGCUCGUCAUCCAGGAUACUGUCGAGGAUCGUAUCCUUGCGUUGCAGGAGCGCAAGAGGAACCUUGCCGAGGGAAGUCUUGGUGAAGGCAAUGGCAAGAAGAUUGGAAGACUUUCUGUGAAGGAGCUCGCUAGUCUUUUCAACGUCGAUACCCGAGGGAAUUUGCUUCAUUAGAUGUCCGUUUACUGUCCAACCUACCCGGGACGGCUCUCGUACGAAGAACAUUUGGAUAUGGACAACUCUUCUCUUUUUUCUUUUCUUUUCUCAAGGCACUCUACACGCUUGCUAUUUCUGAACCUAGAUUCCUUUUUCGGCUAUUCAUUCCGAUUGUUUUCGACUUCUUUCUUUCUUCGAUUCCCCAAAGUUGUAGUUUCUAUCUGUAAACCAUUUUGCUUCUCUGUGUAUUGUACACCGUUCCUGUGGAUGCUUUGUACUAUACGUGCGUUUUGUAUUUGGGCUUUCGUAGUUCGUAGCUUAUUAGCCUUUUCUGAGCAGUAGUGAUUAUAGUAGGCUUUGCAAAUGAACUUGUAGGUCUUCACUUUAAAAUGCGGAUCCUUGCAACAUAGAUA